UGCUAAGUUUGCAUAGCACGCUCACUUAACUGGCCUCCGCGCGCGUCCCAAUGCCUGCCUCCCGCCGCCGACUAGGGGACACCAGAUGACGCCGCCCUCCUCGUAGCCGUCACUGGCCGCGGCCCCAGCUGCACCUCCCGGCACUCCGCCUCCCUCCAGAUCCUCGCAGACGUCCGUAGUGUGUCAUUUUCUCGUUAAAUAAGUGGAAAUGAGCGUAGUAAACCUGCAGCAUCCAGAGUGGGACGAGGGCGAGGUAAGAAACCGCGACCAAUGAGGGCGCGGCUCGGCGCAAGGGGGCGGAGCCAGCAGUCUCUCAACGCUGCCAACACUACAUUCAUUGUAUUUGCCAGCUGGCCGCCAGGGAGUGAGCAUACGCGCAAUCUCGAGGGGCACGCUGUGAUUUGCUGUGUCUGGCCGGGCGCCGUGAAAGCCUGCGUGCCUUCGCCGUGUGCUGGGGGACGCGGCCGCGAGUGACAUGUGUGCGGGAGUGCGCCGCGGGGCGUGACGUGCCGGGCGUCGGGGCGGGCACAGCCAGGAGGCGAUGUUGGUGGGAGGGCAGGCGUGAGGCUGAACCACUGGGUCGGUGGGCCGCCCUCAGAUGCUCAGAUAACAGCGGCUCCAGCAUGGCGGGGCCCACCACCAACGCACUCCUGUGGGUGACUGUGGGCGUGUGGGUGUGGGUGGCCUGCUGGGAACAAGUGUGGGCGGACUACCCCGUGCUGAUGUCGCAGGAGCACCCCGGGGGCCCGCUGCGGUGCGAGCCCAUUCGCAUCGCCGCCUGCAGGGACAUGGGCUAUAACCUCACCUCCAUGCCCAACCUGGUGGGCACCGAGCUGCAGAAAGACGCCGAGUCUCGCCUCAACUCCUUCAAUCCGCUCAUCCAAUACGGCUGCUCCUCCCAGCUGCAGUUCUUCCUGUGCUCCAUCUACACGCCCAUGUGCACCACGCAAGUGCCUACGCCCAUCGGCCCGUGCCGCGACCUGUGCCACACGGUGCGCGACAGGUGCGCGCCCGUCAUGGCCGAGCUGGGCUACCCGUGGCCCGCCUUCCUCAACUGCUCCAGGUUCCCGCCGGAGAACAACGAACAGUAUAUGUGCAUGGAGGGGCCCGGCGAGAAGAUGCCGCCCUUCUCCCCGCCCACCACCUCCCCGCGCCCGCAGCCGCCCAGGCGCUGCAGCCAGUACGCCCACGCACACAAGUACCGCUACGUAAACGCCACGGGGACGUGCGCGCCUCUGUGCCAGGUGAACAUCUCCUUCAGCACCAAUGACAAGUACUUCGCCGGGGUAUGGAUGGCCAUCUGGGCCGUGGCGUGUUUCGCCGUCACGCUCUUCACAGUGCUAUCCUUCCUGCUGGAUGCCGCCGCCUUCAGGUACCCGGAGCGCGCCGCCGUGCACCUGGCCCUCUGUUACAACCUGGUGUCCGUGGGCUACCUGGUUAGGCUGGUGGCGGGGCCUGACCGCGUCACGUGCCACACGGACCAGGACCUGGGCCUGGUAGCGGUCACCGAGGGCGCCCUGCACACUACCUGUGCCCUCGUCUUCCUGCUGCUGUACUACUUCAGCACCGCGGCCUCCGUGUGGUGGGUGAUGCUGUGCGUGUCAUGGCUGCUGCGGGCGUGGCGGGGCUGGGGGCACGAGCAGAUCCUGAGGCACUCGUCCGCCUUCCACGUGGCCGCCUGGGGUCUGCCCGCCGCCCAGGCCAUCGUGUGCCUCGUCUUCAGGAAGGUGGACUCCGAUGAGCUCACGGGAACAUGCUACGCGGGGCAACAGAACACGGAGACCCUAGUUCGCUUCGUUCUUGUACCCCAGUUCUUGUAUCUGGUGAGCGGCGCCACCCUGGUUCUCCUAGUGUUCGCCUGCCUGUGGAGAACUCGAGGCCGUUUGAAGGAGGAGGGCCUGAAGACUGACCGGGUUGAUGUGACGGCGGCCAGAGUCGGUGUGGUGGCUGUGCUAUAUAUGGUGCCAGCUACUUGUCAGGUCGGCGCAACUUUCUACGAGUACGUGGAGCGGGAACAGUGGCUUCACGACUCCACCGUGAGACCCAACAUGGAGAUCUUCAUGCUCAAAAUCUUCAUGUCCGUGGCUGUGGGCAUCAUGGGCGGCCUGUUUCUGGUGAACGGCCGAGUGCUGGAUUCCUGGAAGCAGUUUCUCCGGCGGUUUACAUCCAAGAAGCAGCCGCUACCGCCUUACCUCCAAGCCUCGCACCUGAACCAGCACAACCAGACACACUUCACUACUUCAGGCGCCCCACACAAGCACCCACACCACACCGCGCCAGCCUACCACGUCCCGCACCACCACCACCAUCUACUGUAUCAGGAUCAGGGUGGUAUGAGUGGUAUUCCAGAGGUACACGGUUUUCCAAGGUACCAGGCGGGAUCCAAGCACCAGCACCACCACCAUCAGCAUCACCACCACCACCACCAGCACUACCCGCGUGACGCAAGGCAUAAGUGUGGCUCCGAGACGCAAGUGUGACGGGAAAUGUGACGGUGUGGGUGUUUUGGUGAAAGUGUGAAUAUGAUGUUAGCUUUCUGUGUGUAUGUGUGUGUGUGUGUGUGUGUGUGUGUGUGUGUGUGUGUGUGUGUGUGUGAGAGAGAGAGAGAGAGAGAGAGAGAGAGAGAGAGAGAGAGAGAGAGAAUGAUCACCAAAAUAAAAGGAAAAACACAAGAAAACACCGUCACUUCUUAACAGUUCAAAACUCGUAACAGUAAGAGCAAGAAGCAACAAAUGCCCAGCACAGUACCUUGUCCUCGAGGUCUGCGGGAUGUCCCUCUCUCUCCUCCAUUCUGCACUGGCCUAGAAAAAAAAAAUAAUAAUAAUAAGGAAAAUGCUAAUUCCUUCACUGUUGCACAAUCUUUUCAUUCUUUUUAAUUUUGUGUUCACUUACUUUUACAACGUGAGGAAAAGUGAGAAGGAAAAAGAUUAAUAAUUUUACUUCUAGACAAAAUUUUUUCCCACUUUUCCUACUUUUUUUACUACAUUCUGGACACUUACUUAUGCUGUAGUCUUAAAAGUUCCAGGAAAACAUUAAUCUUUUACUAUUAAAUUCCUACUUUUCUUACUUUUGGACAUUUCCUCCAGCCUCUUAAUGAAAAUAUAGGAAAAAAAUAUUCUUUUACUCCUAUACAAUUUUUCCUACUUUUCCUACUUUUACAACCAUCUCGACCAUCAUUUUUGCUCGACUUUCCGAAAUAAUUCUGCGGCCAAGAAAAAAGAUUUAGUGAUUCUCUUCUAUAAUAAUAUCUCUUCUUUCAACAACCUAGCUGGGGCCAGAAGGUCUUUCUAUUGCUGUCUGUAUUCCUUGCUAUUCCUUCUGUAUCUGUGUCCAUGCAGAAUUUACAACUGAGUUCAGAAUAUUCAACCGUGUCAGUGAAAUUAUUAGAGAGAGAAAAGCGCUGAGGAACCCCAAGAAACAAAGAGGAAGUACCUAAAUUGACCAAGAGGAGAGAGAGAAACAAGAACUUGAAUAUCCUAAGAAACAAACAGAAAAUAACUCUAAUUUUAAAACUGCCAUAUAGACUUCGUCCUAAUACUUCCCCGUGCCAAGGACCCAGGGGCGUAUUAGGGACUCAGGGACGCUGUAGAAGGUGCUAAAGGAACGCUAUUAGUGACCGCAAGUGCCUCAGGUCAGAGGAAUGCCAAAAAAUUGCUUCUGACGUAGUGAAACCAAAGGAAACACACUGAGGCUUCGAAAUGAACGGCUUCACUUUGUAUAUAUAUUUGUUGAAGCCUCGUGAAGCCUCGUAUCGUUCUAUACUGGUGCUCUAAGUUUAAGUUUAGUGAGUAAGUGAAGUUUGUGUCAGAGAAGCGUGUGUUGGUUCUUUUCUUAGAAGUGAAAGGAAAGAAAAUAAGGAAGAGUUUCGGAGCUCAAAGUGAAAAUUGAAGUAGGGAGUAAGUGAAGGUACUAGAAGUGGUGAAAGAGAAGAAAAUUGAGGAAAGAAGUUCAUUUUAGUAUUUUAUUGUGUACGAAAUAUGAAAAAUGGAAAAUUUAACGAAAAAUGAAAAAUAUGAUAGAUACGAGUGGAAUAGCAAACGGAAAGAGAUAAACGUCUUUUGUUAAUGAAGGAUGAAGAAAAGAAACAAAUCCUAAGAAAAAUGUGCCUUUGUCCAUAAAGUAAGGAUUACAGAUAAGAAUGAAAUUGUCGUAAAGAAAGUAAGAUAGAAUUAAAACAAAAAUACAUUAGAAAAUAAAGUAUAGCCUGAAAGUGUUAAGGGAAUAAAAACAGAAACUAAGGAAUAUCAAUUUCAAAUAAAAGUUUUUUAUAUAAGAAAAGCUGAGAAUUUAUUAUUAUUAUUAUUAUUAUUAUUAUUAUUAUUAUUAUUAUUAUUAUUAUCAUCAUUAUUAUCAUUAUUAUUAUUAUUAUUAUUAUUAUUAUUAUUAUUAUUAUUAUUAUUAUUAUUAUUAUCAUCACCGUCAUCAUCAACCUUCAUCUGUGUGUGUGUGUGUGUGUGUGUGUGUGUGAGAGAGAGAGAGAGAGAGAGAGAGAGAGAGAGAGAGAGAGAGAGAGAGAGAGAGAGAGAGAGAGAGAGAGAGAGAGAGAGACUAUACCCUACACAUUUUUUCUUCCUUCCCUCCCUCUUUCCUUCCAUCCUUCCCUCCCUCCCUCCCUUCAAUAACUCAAAAAACCUCCUUCCCUCCCUCCAUCGUUCCCUUCUCUUUCUCUCCCACCAUGUUUCUUUUUCCCUCACCUUCCCUUCCUCCCUCCUUCACCCAUCCCCCUCUCUCUCUCUCUCUCCUAACUCACCACAGACCACAAACUGUUGGGAGAAGGGUGAAAAAAUGGGAGUUAAUGAGGAGUGCUGGAAGGAAGUACAGUGGCAAGCUUUAAGUGGAUAUUUGAGGAGGUGAAGGCGAGUGUGUAACCAAGACAUGUGGGUAAUUAAGACUGAUGGCUGACUAAUACACUGGCAGACUGACAGAUGCAUAGAGUAGACAGCUAAACAGAGGGAUAUAAAACAGAGCUAUAAACAGGUGGAUUAGAGUAAAGAAAGGUUAUAGAAGAUUGAUAACGAGAAGAAAAAGGUUAGAAUAAAGAUAAAUUGAUUGAGAGAAAGAAGUGGACGAAUAUAGGAGUCAAGAAAGGUUAUGAUAAAGUAAUGGACAAUGAUAAACUGAGAGAAAGAGAAGAUAAUAAACAAACAGACUGACAGAAAAGAUGAAACUAGACAAAUGAUGAUAGAAAAAAAGACGAAAAUACACAAGAUAAUAGAGAAGAAGAAAAAUGGACAAAGAAUUAUUAAGGUGAAGAUAUCCUGACUAACCACACACACACACACACACACACACACACACACACACACACACACACACACACACACACACACACACACACACACACACACACGCAAAAUGAAGUAUCCCAUUACACACUCUAAUUAGGUAACCAAGCACAAGAAGGAGUAAUUAUUAUUGAGCUAACCUGAUAAAUUGGUCUCCUUAACCGCGCCGCCAUUGAGACGCACGUAAGGCUCAAUGUUCCUCACCUGUGCCUUCAUUUCCGCCCUUAUACACAUACUGAGUUUGAAUCAAGACAGUGCUAUACAGGGAUCUAGGAAAAUACUAGGUAAUAUUUUUGCAUUUAUACGUUAGAUUAAUAAACUUACGUGAAUUAUUAUUAUUAUUUUUUUUAAUACGUACUUAGGAAAGGAUUGUUAGCUUAUACAUGAUACAUAAAUGGUAUUGCUAUUAAUGUAUUGUGUUAAAUGUAUAGACAUACAAGAUACAUAGACUUCACACGUGUUAUACGAGAAAAUGUAUACUUUUAUGCAUUAUUUUUAUUAUUAUUAUUAUUAUUAUUAUUAUUAUUAUUAUUAUUAUUAUUAUUAUUAUUAUUAUUAAAGAACAUUUUUUCACAGGAAUUUUAAUGAAAGUUAAAUAAGUUUAUAAAUCAUACACUCGUUUUAUUAAUUAAUUAAUUUAUUUAUUUAUUUAUUUAUUUAUUUAUUUAUCUAUUUAUUUAUUUAUGGUAAGACAUUUAAGUGAAUUAUGAGCGAAAGUUUCUGCAUCGAGAGAGAGAGAGAGAGAGAGAGAGAGAGAGAGAGAGAGAGAGAGAGAGAGAGAGAGAGAGAGAGAGAGAGAGAGAGAGAGAGAGAGAAGCUAAAUAACUCAACGGUCGUUAAUAAUAAAGGGCGUGUGAUCCAAUAAUUAAGAGGGAAUGAGCGAUAAGAAGUGAUAAGCCCGAAGUGUUUAUACAAGCUUUCCAAAAUUAUUCGCUCGGGUUUUCAAAAUUCGCCCAGUCAAGAGUUCAGAUUCAUUCGUUCCUUUUGAAAAUUUUAUUUACUCGAUUAUGACAAGAUAUUUUGCUUCUUGUGUGUGUGUGUGUGUGUGUGUGUGUGUGUGUGUGUGUGUGUGUGUGUGUGUGUGUGUGUGUGUGUGUGUUUCAUCCCACACUCAUAUAUCAACUUUUUUUUUCCUUUUGGUUUUUCAUUUAUUAUUUUUUUGUGACACGUAGAAACAAGAAGAGUGAGGAGAAUGAGGCAACAAGUGUGCGCAGAAAAUACAGGUGUGUGUGUGUGUGUGUGGGUGACGGGGUUGGGGGAGGAGACAAAACAAUACCAGGUGCUUGUCUGGCAGAGUGUGUGAGAGAAAAAUAAAAAUCAACACACACACACACACACACACACACACACACACACACACACACACACACACACACACACACACACACACACACAUUUUCAGGUAUAUAAAAGUUACCCUUGCAAUGUACAGGUUAGAUGACUAAGAUUAAUGUACUUACAGGUUUACGUAGAAGAGUAUACAGUCUUAGUUCUAUAGGUAAAAAAAAAACUCAUUGUAUGUACUUACACAGGUGAAAAUAUUUUGUGAUUGUGAAGAAAAUGUAGAUAAUAGACAAACAGUUUAUAGAAUGCAUUAAUUGUAUCGUUUCCUUGUUACUGUGAAAAGUGAAGUGAAUAAAUUUUGGUGUAGAUGCAGGUAAAGGAAAGGAAGUAAUUAUUGUACACAGGUAAAAAGAAUAUUGACUUUUAUAUGUCUUUCAGAAAUAUAGACAAAUUUAUAGAAAAACUGUCCUUAUAAUGUGAAAAGAAGAACAUUUUGAUGCACAUACAAGUAAACUAAGAAAGUAAUUAGCGUACACAGCAAGAAUAAUAUUGAUUUUGAUUAUUGUCUCGAAAAACACAGAAAAAUAUGAAGGAAGAAUACUUUCAUGUCCGUAAAAAUGAAUGAAGAAAGAAAAAAGUCUCAUAAAAGUUUGAAGUUAAAAAAAGACACGAAAAGAAAAGAAAGGCAAAGGAAAGCGAAAUAAAUGCCAAAAUUCUCGUUAAAAGUAAAAAUUUGACUGAGUUUUGAUAAUGUUGUCAUGUUUUCAGUCUUAAUUGUUUCACAGGUGGUCGUUUUUAUCAUCAGAGGUUGGCAAGGAAAGUUGGAUUGACGAGUUACUAUGUACAAGUUACCUGUCCUUCGAAAAACACUUGUAGUAGUAAUAUAAGUGUGUAGUGUUUGAAUUUCGGCAGUUACUUUAUGUGCAAACACUUAAAACACUUCAAUGUACAAAUGCCGUUACUUAAACCAUUUAUUUAGCAGCGAUUUUGUUGGUACUGUUAUUAUAUUUACUUAUUUUUAUUAUUUUUAUUUUUUUCAGGUGUUUUACAUUUUACUUUUUGGUCUAUUUUAUUUCCUUAUGUCUGUUUUUUAUCUUUUUUUUUUUACUUAAGUGAGGAAUUAUUGAUGAUUUUUUUCGUGUUUUUUUUUUUUUUUCAAUUGGAUUUUAUGUUUAUUAAUUAAAUUUAUCUAAUUUCAAACUGUAACGUUUACGAUAAAUGGUAAACCAUUAUUUUUUUCCCUCAUAUGUAAGUUAUUAUUAUUAUUGUUAUUAUUAUUAUUAUUAUUAUUAUUAUUAUUAUUAUUAUUAUUAUUAUUAUUAUUAUUAUUAUUAUUACACGAUACUGACCUCUAUGUUACGUGAUAAAAGUGGCCAUAUUGGUUAUAAAUAUUAGACACUCUCUCUCUCUCUCUCUCUCUCUCUCUCUCUCUCUCUCUCUCUCUCUCUCUCUCUCUCUCUCUCUCUCUCUCUCUCUCUCUCUCUCUCUCUCUCUCUGUAAAUAGUACGGGUGUCACUGUGUGUGUGUGUGUGUGUUUAUAUGUGUAUGUAUCUAUGUAUGUAUAAUAAAAACCACCUCAGUGUAUGUAUGUACGUAUGUAAGUACAGUUUUUUAUUAAUUAAAGUUGUUUUACGUCA